AUGAACACCAAACGUAGAAGUAAUCUCAACCGUUCAAUCAUCGGUGGUCAUCAUGAUCAUGGUUCGAUCCUACAACUACUUCUCUUUCUACUCCUCUUCUCCGGCCAAGCUUCGGGCCAAGCUACUCGCGGUGGUUCAGACGUUACCGGAGAUAGCUCACGGUUCGAUCCAACCAUGGCAAUACUCAUGAUCAUCCUGGUCAGUGUUUUCUUCACUCUCGGGUUUUUCUCCGUCUAUAUCCGUAGGUGUCUCGAACGAGUCAUGGGAAUGGAAAACAACGGACACUCCCUAGACGCCGUCAUUAACCGUCAGGCGGCGCGUGGCCUCAGCGCGUCGGUCAUCGAGACUUUUCCUACUUUCCGAUACUCCACCGUGAAAACGCUUAGGAUCGGCAAAGAGGCCCUUGAGUGUCCGGUAUGUUUAAACGAGUUCGAAGACGACGAAACGCUGCGUUUGAUUCCUAAAUGCUGCCACGUGUUUCAUCCUGGUUGCAUUGACGCUUGGCUCCGUUCUCAUGCCUCGUGUCCUCUCUGCCGCGCCAAUCUAGUCCCCGUACCGGGCGAAUCCGUUGCUUCUAUCCAGUUACCACCCGGUUUAGCGGACGAUCCUCCCGGUUCUGAUCCGGCUAAUGAUCGGGUUAGGGUUUUGGGUUCUCCGGAUGCGCGGUUGAUUGACUCGGUGGCGUUGACCUGUAAUCAGAGUAUGCCACGUAGGUCUAUGUCUACCGGUUGGAAUUUAGCCGGAAUUUUCACUAAUUCUGAUUGGACCGGUCGACAUGCGGAGAAUCUCGAUCGGUUCACGCUUAGGUUACCGGAAGACAUUCACAAUAAGCUCGUGAAAAAUCGCAGCCUUUCGAAAGGCCACGUGGUGUUACCUCAAGUGAUGAGUUCGGCGAGAGGGUACAGAACCGGAAGCUUAGGGAGUGAUAAAAACUAUUUUUACUACGAACGGUUCGACCAAGAUGGCCGGUUGGACCGUAGACCAUUCUCCAUAACUCCUCCGUACCGGACAGGUUCGAUCAAUACGUCUCCAGGUGGAAGUGGUGAUCAGGUGCGUGCCGGUACACCCAAAGGUUUGCUUCUAGCGAUGAGAUCGCCGUUUGAUCGGUUGUUUCUUGGAAAAAAUAACGUCGGUACCGGUGAACGUUCGUCGGACCACCUUCGUUCCGGUGAUGCUAGUCCUGUAUAA